AGUGGUGAAUUAUAUCGACUGUCACUUUCAACAGCACAUAAACACACGUGAAACUGUGCGCGCUGUUAUUUUUAUGCGAAAUUCCAGAAGUUCACUUCUUGGAUAUUUAAUAACAGAAAUUAAAAUAAAGUACAAUGGUUGUUCCCGAAAAGAUACUAAUGAGGAAAAUAAAAAAGCGUGAAAAAGUUAAAAAGCAGCUUGCAGCCAGUAAACAAGUGGACAAAACUACAGUUGAAUCAUCGGUUGACGAAACUGAACAUGUUUCUGGUCAGUUCGUAAGAAGCCAGAAGAUCGACGAAAAUAGUAAGAAGCGAAAGGCUAACUCAGAAACUCAAAAGGACUCCAGCGAAGAUGCGAAAAUGAGGAAAAAGAAGCGGAAAGAAUCAAGUGCAACACAACCAGAAGCAAGUGGUUCUGGUGAUGAUGAUGAUGCUGAAAAUAAUCAAAACAUGGAAAGUGAUAUUGAGAAUGGAAAGUCUAAAAAUGACAGGGUCUACGAAGAACCGAACGACCGUUCAUUCAGUUCAUUGAAAGAUCGAGUAUCAAAAGAAACAUUGAAAGCCAUAGAAGAAAUGGGAUUCAGUACAAUGACGGAAAUUCAGGCAAAAUCUAUUGCCCCGUUAUUGGAUGGACGAGAUCUAGUGGGCGCUGCUAAAACGGGCUCCGGAAAAACACUGGCUUUUCUUGUUCCGGCCGUUGAAUUGAUAAAGAAAUUAAAGUUUAUGCCGCGAAAUGGUGCUGGCAUUAUAAUCAUUUCACCAACACGUGAAUUAUCAAUGCAAACAUUCGGUGUGCUCAAGGAAUUGAUGGCACAUCAUAAUCAUACAUAUGGUUUGAUUAUGGGCGGUGCUAAUCGAACCGUAGAAGCCGAAAAAUUAGCUAAAGGAAUUAAUAUUGUCGUUGCUACACCUGGUCGAUUGUUGGAUCAUUUGCAAAACACACCCGAAUUUCUGUACAAGAACCUACAGUGUUUAAUUAUUGACGAAGUUGAUCGUAUUCUUGAAAUCGGUUUCGAAGAGGACUUGAAACAAAUUGUUAAUCUUCUUCCCAAACGUAGACAAACAAUGCUAUUUUCAGCCACUCAAACCGAUAAAAUAGACGCACUUACAAAACUUGCACUGAAGAAGGAACCAAUUUAUGUUGGUGUUGAUGAUAAUAAGGACACAGCAACGGUCACUGGGCUCGAACAAGGUUACAUUGCUUGUCCAUCCGAAAAACGGUUAUUGGUUUUGUUCACAUUUUUGAAAAAGAAUCGCAAGAAGAAGGUCAUGGUAUUUUUCUCAUCAUGUAUGUCAGUUAAAUAUCAUCAUGAACUUUUCAAUUACAUUGAUUUGCCAGUUACAUCGAUCCAUGGGAAGCAAAAGCAAACCAAACGCACUACAACAUUUUUCCAAUUUUGCAAUGCCGAAUCUGGUACGCUACUAUGUACGGACGUGGCUGCGCGUGGUUUGGACAUUCCAGCCGUUGACUGGAUCGUACAAUUUGAUCCACCCGAUGAUCCAAAAGAAUAUAUUCAUCGUGUUGGCCGAACUGCACGCGGUGAAGGCAGUUCUGGACAUGCUCUCUUGAUUCUUCGUCCCGAAGAAUUGGGAUUCUUGCGGUAUUUGAAACAAGCAAAAGUACCAUUGAAUGAGUUUGAAUUUUCAUGGAGCAAAAUUGCCGAUAUUCAACUACAGCUGGAAAAGUUGAUUUCGAAAAACUAUUUCUUGAACCAGUCAGCAAAAGAAGCAUUCAAGUCGUAUGUUCGAGCCUAUGAUUCGCAUCAACUAAAAACCAUUUUCAAUGUUGACACAUUGGAUUUGGCGAAGGUGGCUCUAAGUUUUGGGUUUACUGUUCCGCCGGUAGUCGAUUUGAGAAUGUCACAUAAAAUUCGAAGCAGACCAGAAAAGAGAGUUGGUGGUGGCGGGUUUGGUACAUACAAAUCCAUGAAUAAAAAUGACGAUAAAAAGCGCAAAUUCAAGCAAAUCGACCGCAAUAAAGGGAACAAGAAAAAGUUUGAACGAUAACCCGUUCUUACCUUCGUAUGGAUUAAUUCAAACCUAUGAAAUAAAUAAAUCAUUUUAUUUGUAUCAAAACUGUUGUUUCAAUAAAAUGCAUACAUUACA